AACGGCGGUUUGACCUGGAGUGAUGAUGCGGACGGAGGCCGGGGAAGAGAGAUCUCCCGGGACUUUGCCAAGCUGUAUGAGCUGGACGGUGACCCCGAAAGGAGAGAGUUCCUGGAUGACCUCUUCAUCUUCAUGCAGAAGAGGGGGACCCCCAUCAACCGGAUCCCCAUCAUGGCCAAGCAGACGCUGGACCUGUACAUGCUGUACAAGCUGGUGACGGAGAAGGGCGGCCUGGUGGAGAUCAUCAACCGCAAGAUCUGGCGCGAGAUCACCAAGGGCCUGAACCUGCCCACCUCCAUCACCAGCGCCGCCUUCACGCUGCGCACCCAGUACAUGAAGUACCUCUACGCCUACGAGUGUGAGAAGAAGGCCUUGAGCUCCCCUGCCGAGCUGCAGGCAGCCAUCGACGGCAACCGGAGGGAGGGCCGGCGGCCCAGCUACAGCUCCCCCCUCUUCGGCUACUCGCCAUCUGCCGCCCCUGCUGCCGGAGCCCCUGCCCUGCUCACCCCACCCAAGAUCCGCUUCCCCCUCCUCGGGCUGGGCUCCAGCAGCGGCCCCCACACCGGCGGCUCGCGGGCGGCCCCGGCCAGCGCGCUCAGGAAAGGUGACACCGCGCCCGUGCCGAAUCGCCUGGCUGCGCCCGGGGCCUUGGCCGGCCAGGGUGCCGGCCCCCGCACAGCCACGCUGGAGCAGCUGCGGGAGCGGCUGGGCUCGGGGGAGCCCCCCGAGAAGAAGGCGGCGAGGCUGUCGGAGGAGGAGCAGCGCCUGGUGCAGCAGGCCCUCCAGCGCGGCUGCCUCGGUGCGGCGCGGCCGCUGCCCGUGAGGAUCAGGAUCAACGGCAGGGAGGACAGAGCCGAGGCCUCGGCUGCCGCGCUGAACCUGACCACCAGCGGCAUCGGGAGCAUCCACAUGUCGGUGGACAUCGACGGCACCACCUAUGCAGGUGUGCUCUUUGCCCAGAAGCCCGUGGUCCACCUCCUCGCCGGGGCGGCGCCCCAGGGCGGCAGCGGCGGCGGCGGCGGCAGCUCCUCGCACUGCUCGCCCAGCCCUACCUCAUCUCGGGGCACGCCCGGCGCCGAGCCCUCCACCAGCUGGUCCGUCUGACGCGGCCCGGCCGCCCCGCGCGCCGCGGGGAGCGGAGGGCGCGUGCACAGCUUACCUCAUCUGCGGGCCCAGUCCUCUGCGCCCGGCGCCCGGGGCCUGCUGCACUCGGGGCCGGGAGGGCGGGGCGGGGCGCCGUGGUCCAAUCAGGGAUUGUCCUGGAGAGUGGGCGGGGUCUGGGCGGCCACCUCCCUUCGGGGCACAGUAGCGACAAUCUGUAGCCGACUCUGGCUGGCGGCCUCCAUCCCCUCCCCCUUUAAUUUAUUUCCCUGGUCGCCUCCUGCUCGGACCCCAGGAGGAAGUCCCCCGGGCUCUUCUGCCGAGCCCACCUUGCCUGCUGUCGGGUUCCCGGGUGUGGGCCCCUCACGCGAGUCUGGAAUCAGUCCUCAGGGCCCCGAAGCCCCCCUCCCCCGUGAUGGUCCCAGUGAAGACCCCCACCCCCCACCCCCCUGCAGCGGCCCGGCCCCCAGCCCCACGUCCGGGCUCAUUGAAAUACCUCAGAUUUGUAACUGUCUGAUUCUUCAGGAAGUAUUUGCAUCUCUGAAAUCUUUUAUAUGUGUUUUGCUGACUUCUGUUUUUUUAUUUUUAAAUUUUUAUUGUCGUCGUCAUCGUCUUUGUCCUUGUUGUAGCACCAAAGAAACGAAACCAGAUCGCACCCGAAGCCAAGCAGGCGUCUGCUGGCCCGGCCCUCGGGGCAGCCAGCGGGGCCACUCAGGGAUCCCCGCUCGGGGACGGUCCCGCGCCGGUACCACCCCCGCUCCCGCCACGCACGCCCUCAGGUCCGGGGGGGAGGCCUGGCCCAGGCAGCCCCCAGUGGGGCAGGGAGCUCCCUGUUGGCCACAGGAGGGCUCAGCUCUGUCCAGCGUGCCCCUCCCCGCCCACUGUGACGCCUCACCGGUGCCCCGCGGCGCUGCCUGGCCGCAGCCUCUGCCUUCCCCUCCGCGUCCACACACAUGCACACGCCACCUGCACACCUGCACGCACACUGCUGUCCCCUGCACUCAGCACACACACGUUCCGCGUACAGCUGCGGCCGUUCAGCCGUGCACACACACCCCGCACCGGCCAGCAGGCCGGCCUGGCGGGCUCGGGGGCGUGCACGGGUCGCGAGGAGCCCCGCCGCUGGCGCCGGGCGCUCUGGGGCGACUCAGGCUCUCGGCCGGUGCGUUCUUCUCAGGGCUUUGGUCACGAAGGAAGGGCUCUUCCCACCCAGAGGCCGCGGCGCCCCUGGUCCCGGACCUCUCCCCCGCCUCGGGGAGCCCUCGCUUUGCUCAAGGCCAACAGCAGGGGCUCAGCCAGAACGCCGAGCCUGGGGCGCCCUCCCUUCCCCUCCCCUCCCCUGCCCUCCCCUCCCCCCCCCUCCGUCCUGCGUGGACUCCAAGCAGGACCGUGGUAGCACAGGGAUAGCCUAGGCAGCAGGAGAUACCUCACGUCCUCUGUGUUGUGGUUUCUAUCUGACGUGUUCUCGAAUGUUUGUAUUUCAAUAAACCUCUACCUCUUCGCA